GUUCCAGAAAUUGAAAUGAGUGGUUAUUAUCCGCCCGCAGCACAACCACCUAUGCAAGCGCCACCUCCACCUGGAACAUUCGUAAUCCAACCCGGAUAUGGUUUCCAACCCGGAUAUGGUCCUCAACCCGGAUAUGGCCCCCAACCCGGAUACGGUCCUCCACAAUCACAGAUGAUGCCCAUGCAAACUUCCGCCCCUUAUAUGACACCUGCACCAAUCACAACUCAGCCGGGAAUGGUUCCAGGACAAGUUGUUUGGAUGUCAGUACCACAACCCAUAGAAGGCGUACCUCCUGGUUUGGAAUAUCUGACUAUGGUAGAUAAGAUAAUGGUGCAUCAGAUCUAUGAAGUGAUGGAACUUUUAACAGGUUGGGAGACUAGUAAUAAGUAUUCAUUAAGAAACGCGAAUGGAGAACAGGUCUACUAUGCUUUCGAAGAAUCAGAAUGCUGGGAACGUCAAUGUUGCGGUUCUCAACGAGGAUUCACCAUGCAUAUUACGGAUAAUUUUAAGAGGGAAGUCAUAACUAUACGACGCCCCUUCAAAUGCUGUGGUGGAGGAUGUUGCGGUAUUUUCGCAAACUUUGGGUUCUGCAGUUCUGAAUGUACGAUAGAGUCACCACCAGGAGUAGUGGUUGGAACGGUCGAGCAAAGAAGAGCUUGUUGUGCCAGUUGUUUCACGAUAAAAGACGCAAAAGGUUCAGUAAUUUUACAAGUGGAUGGUCCUUGCUGCUGUUUGAUGUGUGGUUGUCAGGAUAAAGAGUUCCCGGUCGACACCCCAACCGGUGAAAAUAUUGGUAGCAUAACGAAAAAAUGGGGUGGUUGUCUACGUGAAGCAUACACCGAUGCGGAUAUAUUCAGCGUAACUUUUCCGAUUGAUCUCGAUGUAACAGCCAAAGCAGUGCUACUUGGAGCGACCUUCCUUAUCGAUUUCAUGGAAUUUGAGCAAUCAGCCAACAAGAAUCGCCACACUUAGUCAAAACGAGUUCAUCUAUAUCUUGCCUAGGAAAACAAAUUUUCAAUACUUGUGUUCAUAUCCUUGAUACUACUCAGUAAAUGCCGGGUACAACUUUAAC